CUCGAAAAAUGUUAGCGUAUGUUGUUGAGUCCGGGAGCGACGAGCAGGGGCUUCUCCAGGAAGGGAAUAAUCUCCGCUUUCCUUAAAGGGGGAAACACACUCAGGCACCGGUCUGUGGAUUGGGUCGAGGCGGGCUGGGAGUCGGUGUCUUGGGGCCUGAGACAGAGUUGGGGAGAUUAAUUUCAGGAGUGAUGUCGAACCCUGGGACUCGGAGGAACGGGUCAAGCAUCAAAAUCAGACUGACAGUGUUAUGUGCCAAGAAUCUAGCAAAGAAAGACUUCUUCCGAUUGCCUGAUCCUUUUGCCAAAGUGGUCGUCGAUGGCUCAGGCCAGUGUCACUCGACAGACACCAUUAAGAGCACGCUGGACCCGAAGUGGAACCAGCAUUAUGAUCUAUAUAUUGGGAAAACCGACUCGAUCACUAUCAGCGUGUGGAACCAUAAGAAGAUCCACAAGAAGCAGGGCGCUGGUUUUCUGGGCUGUGUGAGGCUCCUGUCCAAUGCCAUCAGCAGACUCAAAGAUACAGGAUACCAGCGCUUGGAUUUAUGCAAGCUGAACGCCUCAGACAGCGACGCCGUGAGGGGUCAAAUAGUCGUGAGCCUCCAGACCCGUGAUAGGAUUGGCAGUGGCGGGCCUGUGGUAGACUGUCGAGGACUGUUAGAAAAUGAAGGGCCAGUCUUUGAGGACUCUGGACCAGGACGGCCUCUCAGCUGUUUCAUGGAGGAGCCUCUGCCCUACUCGGAUCCCACAGGGGCUGCUGGUGGGGGCAACUGUCGUGCUUUGGAGUCACCUAAUCAAGAGCAGAGGCUUCAAACCCAGAGAAUCCGAAACCAGGAGUCUAGAAGUCAUGCGCAUACCCCACAGAACCGGCCACAUGGGCACCAGUCACCAGACCUCCCAGAAGGCUAUGAGCAGAGGACCACUGUGCAGGGACAGGUCUAUUUUCUACACACACAGACUGGCGUCAGCACUUGGCACGAUCCCAGAAUACCACGGGACCUGAACAGCGUAAGCUGUGAGGAGCUCGGCCCUCUGCCGCCCGGCUGGGAGAUCCGGAGCACGGUGUCAGGAAGGAUUUAUUUUGUUGACCACAAUAACAGAACCACACAAUUCACAGACCCCAGAUUACACCACAUCAUGAGCCAACAGUCUCAGGUGAAGGAGUCGAGCCAGGCCCUGCCAGUGCAGAUGGAUGUUCCUGUGGAGGAGGGUGAAGGAGAGCUGCCUGUGCGUUAUGAGAGAGAUCUCGUCCAGAAGCUCAAGGUGCUCCGCCACGAGCUCUCGCUGCAGCAGCCUCAGGCCGGACACUGCCGCAUAGAGGUGUCCCGUGAAGAGAUCUUUGAGGAGUCUUACCGUCAGAUCAUGAAGAUGAGGCCGAAGGACCUGAAGAAGAGGCUAAUGGUUAAAUUCCGUGGAGAAGAGGGCUUAGAUUAUGGUGGCGUGGCAAGGGAGUGGUUGUACCUCCUAUGUCACGAGAUGCUUAACCCAUACUACGGCCUGUUCCAGUACUCCACAGAUAACAUCUACACACUGCAGAUCAACCCCGAUUCGUCCAUCAACCCUGAUCAUUUAUCGUACUUCCACUUUGUGGGGAGGAUCAUGGGCCUUGCUGUGUUUCAUGGGCACUACAUAAACGGAGGCUUCACGCUGCCCUUCUACAAGCAGCUCCUGGGGAAACCCAUCCAGCUUUCUGACCUGGAGACUGUAGACCCCGAGCUCCACAAGAGCCUCGUCUGGAUUCUAGAAAAUGACAUCACAUCUGUUCUGGAUCAUACUUUCUGCGUAGAACACAACGCUUUCGGCAAAUUCCUCCAGCAUGAGCUUAAGCCCAACGGCAGAAACAUCCCAGUGACGGAGGAGAAUAAAAGGGAGUAUGUGAGGCUCUACGUGAACUGGAGGUUCAUGCGAGGCAUUGAGGCCCAGUUCCUCGCUCUGCAGAAGGGCUUCAAUGAGCUCAUCCCACAGCACCUCCUCAAACCUUUUGACCACAAGGAACUCGAGCUAAUCAUCGGGGGACUUGGGAAGAUUGAUUUGAACGACUGGAAGGCCAAUACGCGGCUAAAGCACUGUGUGGCUGACAGUAACAUCGUCAAGUGGUUUUGGCAAGCGGUGGAAUCAUUCGAUGAGGAGAGGAGGGGAAGACUGCUCCAGUUCGUCACCGGCUCCACACGCGUCCCUCUUCAAGGCUUUAAAGCACUGCAAGGUUCUACAGGUUCUGCAGGACCAAGGCUCUUUACUAUCCAUUUGAUUGAUGCCAAUACGGAUAAUUUGCCCAAAGCCCAUACAUGCUUCAACCGCAUCGACAUCCCGCCUUACGAGUCGUACGAGAAGCUCUACGAGAAGCUCCUGACUGCCGUCGAGGAGACAUGUGGCUUUGCUGUGGAGUGAACGGUUUCGUCCAGCCAGCGUCCACUAACCCGUCUAACAGCCCCUUCAGCCCCACUUCCUCUUCUCCCUCACUCUUCCUCAGGGUGGACAGAAAGGUGCCUCCCUGCAGGCUCGAGCAAAAGGCCGUCUGCUCCUGUCCCAGGAGCGCAGAGAGGAGAGCCGCUACACAGGGCCACAAACGCGCGACACACACACACACACACACACACACACACAUUUUAUAUAUAUAUAUAUAUAUAUAUAUAUAUAUAUAUAUAUAUAUAUAUAUAUAUAUAUACAUACACACACACACACACACACGCACCAUUUCCAGGCUGCUCAAGGAUUAUUUAUUUCCGUUAUGUGAAUCAAAUGGCUUUAAUUUGCCUUGUGAUGAUGACCGGUACUAGAACAGAGAGAUUUUUUCUUUCUUUCUCUCCCCCUCCCCAGUUUCUCGUAUCGUUGAAAUGAUGGAUUACGGUUUUACACCUGAUUUGAAAUUCAGCCGAUUUUGCAUCACGUAGUCACAAAAGCACACAGACGUUUUCGACUAAACUGAUCAGGAUGCUUUCUGCUCCUUUAAAUUUGUCUUGCAAUAUUUUGUCCUUUCUGAGCCCGUGGACUUCCACAGCGGUUGUAUUUUAAUCUCGGAGAUCUUUACUGCGAUCCGACGGACGGACAGAAGGAUUCGUUUUUGUACUCGACUUGAAAUCAGUGAUAUGUACAGACAGCACCCCUGUUUUCUUUUUGCAUCUUAUACAGUGACGGUGUACAUUUCACUGAUGAGCAUCUCUUAUGCUGUCCAUCAGCAUUCUUCAUAUUUUUUUUUUCUUUUCCCCCCAUUGAACGCUUGUUAUAUGAAACUAAAAGUUGUGUGUGUGGGGGGGGGGUGUUCUCCCCCCCCCCUUGUUCCUCUCUCCCCCCAAAGAAUGCUUGCCGUGUCUUGGACCUUUUGGGACCAUUUUAUGAAAUGGCUGUUGUGUGUGUGUGUGUGUGUGUGUUCACGAACAGAAGCACAUCUCUUAUAGCUCACGGAUCACGUACAGUACACAGCCUCACAAAGCCCUUGGACAUUUUGUCAAAUGAUGUAACUUUCCAUAAAAUAAGCCAGUAUUCGUAAUGACUCAUUUUAAGUAAAUUCUUAACUUUGCACAUUGCACAAAGGUUAUAUAUUUUUGUCCUUUUUUGUUUUUAUUUAAUUUUUUUUAAGCAUUUCUUCUGAUUUCCUUUUUUAGACGUAAAUGAUGCCAUGCACAAAAUAUCAGUUUACAGAAGCGGUUUAUAUUUCAGAUGUCUCCCUCAGAACUAGCAGAUCUGCGUUCCUUUUCCAUUGCAUACAUGGCCGACUUGUAAACAGUGUGGUAUUUGGAAUCGCAAACGUCUCACUGAAGGUUGUGUUAGUCCUAAAGUGUAUUUGGAUAAUGUUGAUUGUUUUAGCAUUAACUGUUUGUGACUAAACGGUUCCCUGCGAGACUUCUUUCUUUGUGCGUCUCCAAACCAGCGUCUCGUCCAUGGCACUUUCACUAGAACAUACCGUAACAAUCACAAUCAUCCCUCAUUUUCAGAGAGAGAGAGAGAGAUGUGUCCUGUAGAGCAAAGCCAGUGAUUUAGAAAGCUCUAGUAAAAUCCUCACAAAUCUGUCUCUCCAGUGUGACUUGGUUCAUGUGCUACGUAGCUUUUGUUAUUACUUUUAGGUUUUACCUUGGCGUUAGGUCAGGAGGGUCCAGUCUUAUCCACCAAAGGGCCCGUCUCGCCACAAGUUUUAAUUCAAGUUAAACAAUAGGAACAGGAUGUGUUUGUGUCGAGUUGAAUCAAAGAAAGCCUGGUGGAUAAACUCAGUGUUGUGUAAUAUCCCUGUAUUGCGUUAAAGGAUUAACAGCAUUGAAAGGUGUAAGAUUUCAUCACCAGUCAAUUGUCUGGAAACUCGAAAUAAAAAUGAGCCAACUACUUUUUUUUUUUUAAACUUGUGUGCUCUGCAACCACUUGGUCUUAUUAUUAUUAAUAAACGAGUUAUUUAUUACUAUGUAAUGUCCUUUUACGUAUUGCUGCUAUUAUCAUUAUUCCCAUUUUUUUCCACAAAAAGCUGUACACUACUCUCUUUAUUUUAAUGUAUGAAUCAAAGUAUUUAAACCUGCUGCUAAUUCAGAGAAGCCUGUCUAUUGGCCUGGAUCGAGUUAGCGUCGCAUUGAUGUAGGCUGGGCCCCGGCGGUCAUGUUCAUAUUUGUGAUAUAUGCAAUAAAAUGACACCUUUAUAUUCCGUCUUAACGUCGUUUCCCCCCCCCUUACGCGCACCAGACUGGGGACAGUGUAUGUGUGAACUGAGUGGUUUGGUUUUUUUCUUCCUCCCAGAUGACAUGAGUGCUGAUCCUUCAUUAAACUUGGAUAAACACAAAAGAGAUGGAAAUGAAUGUCGUGCAAGACAGAAUGACUCGUGAGUGUUGUUUGAGGAUGACCGUCGACGUUGCCUGCUAGUUGCGUUUGUUUUUUAAAAACCACUUUUCCAAAUUAUGUGACCAAUAUUAUUAUUAUUAUUAUUAUUAUUAUGUACAAUUAUUAGGUCCUGAGUGUCAUUUGUUUAUUGGAUGCAAGAUUAAUGUAACUUACAAUGUACUAAACAUUUCUGAAACUUAUUCCAUGUAAAUAAGAUUAUAUUAAAGAAACAACCUUGAAAAUA